GAGUCUGGGUGUUGGUUGGAGGGCUUCAGAGCUGCCCGCCGUGGAUAUAUAUAUUGGAUGCAGAGAGGAUCAGCUGCACAGUCAGCUUCUGCAUCGACUCAACACACACCAUGAACGCCAAGAUCGUCAUCUUCCUGGGCCUGGUCGCCAUGGCCGCCGCCGACAGUGACGAGUUUAGGGGCUACGGCGCGCCCAGGCGUGGAUCCUCCGAGUCCUACGAGUCCUCCGAGGCCAAGUACAACUUCCAGUGGGCCGUGGACCACGACCCCUCCAGCAACGAGUUCGGCCACCAGGAGACCCGCGAUGGAGACGACACCAAGGGGUCCUACUACGUGCAGCUCCCCGACGGCCGCGUGCAGCAGGUCGCCUACUACGUCAACGGCGACUCUGGCUACAUCGCCGACGUCAAGUACACCGGGUCCGCUGAGUCCUUCGAGUCCGACGAGUCCAACGAGUCCUUCCGCUACUACGGCUCCAACGAGUCCAAGUAGAUUCCCGACCCUCCCGAUGUCCCAAGACCACCGAUUCUGUCCCGACCUCUCCCGUGGCAGUGUUUAUUUAUCAUUUUAUUUAUUUCAUCGACUCAAUAAAGCAUGAAAGGUUAA